AGAAAAAAAAAAGCGCCUCAUUCCUUCUUCCACCGCCAUACUGUAUUUUAUAGUAACUCUCAUUUUUAUUCCUCCCUUUUACUCCCGCUCGGGUUACAGCCAAGUGAUCCAGCCAUGACCGGCAAAACACAGACCAGCAAUGUCACCAAUAAGAAUGACCCAAAGUCCAUCAACUCUAGAGUCUUCAUUGGCAAUCUGAACACAGCCAUUGUCAAAAAAGGUGACAUAGAAGCAAUCUUUGCAAAGUAUGGGAAAAUAGUUGGCUGCUCUGUACACAAAGGUUAUGCAUUUGUACAGUACAUGAGUGAGAGACAUGCCAGGGCAGCAGUGGCAGGAGAGAAUGCCAGGAUCAUCGCAGGGCAGCCACUAGAUAUUAACAUGGCAGGAGAACCAAAACCAUACAGACCAAAACCUGGCAACAAACGUCCACUUUCAGCACUUUACAGACUUGAAUCAAAGGAACCUUUUCUGUCAGUUGGUGGUUAUGUCUUUGAUUAUGAUUACUACAGGGAUGAUUUCUACAAUCGGUUGUUUGAUUAUCAUGGACGUGUACCCCCACCACCUCGUGCAGUGAUACCAUUGAAGCGUCCUCGUGUGGCUGUUACAACAACUCGCAGAGGCAAAGGGGUUUUCUCUGUGAAAGGAACAUCACGAUCCACCUCAAGUGGGACUUCUUCCUCAGGAUCCAAAUCACCCACCUGUCUUCCCCUGCCCCUUAUGUGGAGCGAUACUGCCCUUGGGAGCAUCACUGGAAGAGGAAGAGAAAGAUCAGUGAAAUCAGAUGAGUUGCAAACAAUCAAGAAGGAAUUAACCCAAAUCAAAACAAAAAUUGACUCCUUGCUAGGGAGACUGGAAAAGAUUGAAAAACAGCAAAAAGCUGAAGCAGUAUUUUGUGUGAAAUGUGUGGAAAAGAGUCUACCUUAGAAUUCACAGCUGUCUGAGUACCUGGGUGCUCAGAUUCAUGUCACUCGCUUAACUCCAAUCGUUCUGGGAAAGGCAAAAAGCUGCACUUGGAUACAUCAAAAGAGUUCUGUCAAGACUGUGAAAAUGAAUUAGCAGUUUAUGGACCCAACAGACAAAAUAGAUAUUUACAUCUGGAUCCUUCCUGAUUCCAAGUGCCUGUCCUAUUUGCUGAUCUAUUGUUGGGAUAUCUCUCUGAACCCUAAAUUUUCUUGCUCAUAUUGAAAAAGAAAUAAUGAAUGACUUAUCUGGAGUGGAUACUACAAAGAAAUAUUUUUCAGUUAACAAUAUGAAAAAAAAAAUCUAAACAAUAAAAACAACUCUUAAAAACCUUACCUCUUAUUUACAAUCAUUUUCUAAGUUGAUAGGCUAGCAAUCUCUCAGUUAUUAUAGUUUAUCCCACAAAAUGAGUGUUUCACUCUCAAGUAUAAGGUAAACCAUUAGUAUGGAUUGUGAUUGCCUCUUUAGAACUGUGCUCAAUAUGUAUUCAUUAUAUUCUAUUUUGUAGUUUAUGCAAGUUAUAUAAAAGUUGGUGUAAUCAGUGAAGAUGUAAUUGCAAGGCACUCCAUUGACUCACUUGUGUACUGAAAUGCUCUGAAAUGGUGGAUUCCUACUUCAGGGAGCUUUUAUAUAAAAUCCAUUAAUAUGCAAAACAACCUGCAUGUCAUUGUACUUUGAUAUCCAAUUUUCACUUUUGCUAAAGGACUGUAGAGAACUCAUUUAAAUAGAAAUCAUUUCAAAGAGGAAAAUGUUGAUUUGUAUUGAAUCAUAUUGUUAUUCCUUUUGAAGACAAGCUAUGAAAAAUCUUCUCGGAGAUUAUCUGGGGGUGAGUGGGGGGAGAACAUGUCAGAGACACGAAGACCCCUUUAAGUCUCUUUAGUUGACAAAGCAAGCUAAGUAGCCUGCAGGAUGAAUCCACAGAUGAUUGUUUGCUCAGCUGGAAGUUUUAUGUAAGGUGAAACUCCAUCAGUACCUAAACAAUUCCAUUGACAACUUCAGACGUGAGAUGAUUUUGUUCCUUCUGAACAGUUUGGCAAUAUUAUUUCCCACUUUCUUCCAGAAGGAGUGGCCUCACUUAAGCCUGGUAUCAGAGAGGAUCAUACAAAACAAAACAAAAAAAAAAAAAAUCAAGCCAUUUUCCUGCACAGUUAUUGGGUUUUUUGUUGUUGUUGUUUUGUUUUUAAUGCUUGCAUCACUCUCAAGAAGCAUAUUUAUUUAUUAAUCUUAAAAGUUCAACGUCUGGAGGAUAUGAUAGGUUAAACAGGCAAGCUGAACAAUCUCAAUCUCAUUGUGUACAAUAGUCACUGCUCUGAAGCUGCAUCUCUUUACAGUAGUGGCUGAUGUUAUGUCUUUUAUUAUUUGAAAAUUUCAAUUUAUAAAUUGAAAAAUUCAAUGGGAUGGAUAUAAGAAAUGAAAAUACCACUUAUUUGACAAAACUGACGAAAGAAGAAAAAACUUACAUUAGCUGUUGAAACAAGAAAGUCUGUGCACUCUAAGUUACAGUUUUAGGAUAAAAACUUGAACUUUAUAGGCAACAAAGAUGAAAAGAAUCCGAAAAACAAUCUUGAGUGUAGUUAUUUGCAAGUUAAUGGAGUUGCUGUAUUUACAUGGAUUAGCAAAGAACUGUCAAGAAUUAGUAGAGAACAUGCUUCUCUGGGAAAUCUGUAGGAAUUAUUCCCUUGUUUGUAAAAAUCUGAAUCAGAAAGCCAGGAAUAAGAAGCUGUUCUGGCAUGAUAGAAUUGUUAGAGGGGAAUGUUCUCCCUGCAGUGUCAAGAUGAAGAUUUUUAAAAGUGUGUGCUGAACAAUAAGAUCUUCAUUCUUGCUUGUCAUUAGAGCCCAAAAAGUGUAAGAUGCUAAGAUGGUAUAUUUUAGUAUCCUCUGUAGACCCCAGCCCACAUAAGUGAUCAAAUUUUCUAGCAGUUUUCUCCUAAAAGUUUUACCGUUAAAAUGUAUUUAGGUCCAUUAUUUCCGGAGCCUUUUUUGAAAGCCUUGACUGAAGUUAAUUCAUUUGUCACCAGCGCAGCCAGGUUAAUAUCUGAAGAUGUCAGAGCAGGACUCAGUAGACAUAGCUGACAACCCACAUUUCCCUGUGCAGUAAGGCAAGUAACAGUGAUUUAUAAUUAGCAUGGUAUUGCAUAUAGCGCCUCACAAAUGAAAGGUGGGCUGAAUCUUCUACUGAUGUGAAUGAACACAGUACUGUCAAAGCAGAUGCCUUUCUGUUCUUUGACAACAAUCCUUCUGCAGAAAUUAUGUGAAUAAGGGUAAAAAAAUCUUCAUUGUUCUGUAUCAUCAAUAAAUGAAUUUCAAAGUGAGGGAUCAGAGCAAAGACUGAAAAGAAAGAAAAAUUUAAAUAAAUAUGCAGAGGUAGAAGAAAAUAAAAAGUGUUGACUUAAUAUUAUGAUACAGAAAAGUGUGAGGAGUUAUGAAUGUUACAUGUUGUGGGUAAUAAUUUCAAAGAAAAUAAUAUAUUAAUAGAGCUGAAAAUAAAACACUUUGUAAGAAAUCUGCAGAAUCAUUGGCUGUAAAACAAGAUAGGUGAAACACUGGCCAGAGGUAUAGAACAAUCAAACUGAAUAAAGGAAGAAAUAGUGUUGAUCUAGAAAUGUGGUCAUUGGUGGGCAUUGUCACUCUCAAACUAAAAAUACGUUGGUAUUCCAGUUACCUGCAAUUAAUACUCUUGCCUGUAAUCACUCUGAAAAAAAUAAAGCUUUUCAUCUAAACUCCAAAUAAAAAAUCUCUCAUCCUCCAACCACUCUAGCAUCCAGUCUGUCUCUGUCAUUCACUUCUCAAUCCUCCUCUGUAUUUCUGCUGGCUGGAUUAAAUUCCUCAGCAUAUCCUGAAGUCUUGAAAUACGUAAUCACAACAAUGCAGCUAUCUGUGCUGAGCUAACCAGAACAGCUCCUAUAGGCAUCUCCAGAAACGGUCUUUUUUUUUUCUCAUUACUUUGCAGAAAUUAUAGGAAGCCCUGUAUCUGCAUCACGAAAGGGGAUCUUUUCAUCUAUCAUGGCACAUUAUGCCAAUGGGGCGAAACUAUUACUUAGUCCUUAAAAAAAAAAAAAAAAAAAGGAAUUCAGUUAUCUAGAAUGUUUUUUUUAUUGCCUGUAUGGUUGUUGAGAGAUGAUAGUUACAGCAAAUUUAAGCAAAUCCUUGUUUACUUAUAGACAAUUAACAGCCAUCCACUUUUCAGAGCAUGGAGAUCUGUGUACUUUUCACUGGCUGCAAGUAAAGAAAUACAUUGUGAUUAUGUCAAUUGGAUUCCCAAGAUAAAGCAAAGUCCAGAAAAUCAAAAAUCUGGAUUUGUUAGUAAAGCAAACCUUCAUCCACUGCAUGGGAUGAAUGAGCAUGUUGGUACUAUGGCUAAUGCAUGCAUUAGAUUUUGAAAAUAAGGGAUUUUAUCAUAUUUAACUGAUAGAUGUUAAUUUGAAUUUUAACAAAUCAUCAGAAGAUGGAAAAGACAAGUUUCUUCCUCAGAACACUUUUCUUUGCCACCAGUAGGGAAGGUUACUGAAUUUCUAUAGA